GCAGUUGGUGGAGGGAACAAUGAAACGGAGCCAGCUAAAAACCAAACUUACACGCCAGGUAAUACCGAAUUUUUUCAAUGGAUACGUUUGUAAACUUCUUUUUUUAAAAUUUCCAGCUGCCAAGCGGCUUCCUGGGUUCCGCACCACGAUUUUUCUCUAAGAAUCACACUCGCCGCAGUCUUUGUUACCUUCAUUUUGCUGAGAGGAGCAGUUCUGUCAGUUUAGCAUUUGCCGCUUUCGCAUGUCGCAUAAUGGCAGCGUGUCUGCCCCAGUCAUUGUUUCCAGUUUCUCCUAGGUAUUACACACGUCCCAAGAGAAAUUAAUAACAAUGCAAAAUCAAUUUUGAGGGAAAACAAGGUGUAUUGUAGGCAGUGCAAUAGUGGCGAAUUGACUUUGGUUUUUCUAUGAUUGUGGCGUUUUUAAAUUGUUAAAACUUCAGGAGGAAUCGUGGUCAUCUUUAAUUGUUUUAAGUUCUGCCGCGUGGUUUGACUACACUUGCUUUCAUACAAAAAUUUCCGUUGAACCAUUCUUUUCCAAUUUAUUGCAUUAAAUUAUUAACAAGAAGUUUUUGUUCACUGAUUUUCCAAUGCUAGUCUUAAUGCGAGGAGUAGAAAGGUACUCAGCCUGAUCAUGAACUAAAAUUUGUUUAGGGCCAUCCUUAAGUAGAUGUCAAUUUGUAUUUAGGUGCUCCUGUGUUUCCAUGUGAUUUUGAAGAAGGAUUUUGCCAGUGGUUUCAAUUAAUAGAUGAUGAAUUUCACUGGAAAAGGCAAAAAGGACCUACACCUUCCUCAUACACUGGUCCUGAUGUUGAUCACACUACAGCAACAGGUCAGUAACGGGGUUACUCCGUUAGGGGUGUGUGUGCGUGUGUGUGUGUGUGUGUAUGUGUAAAUUAUUCGGAUAAAGUCGAUAUACAUAGGACUGUAUAAGACUCCAAAUAAAACAUUGUCUUGGGUGUGUGUGUGUGUGUGUGUGUGUGUGUGUGUGUGUGUGGGGGGGUUAGCAUACCAACACACUACUCUCUUCUUACCUGAGUCUCCCCCGCCCCCUUCCCGCCUCAAACGAUCUAAAAUCCCAGCUGCUCCACCAUUGAGUGAAAUGAAUGUCUCAAUGGUUUACCGCCAACAUGUAACGGGAAUUAGCGUGGUGGGUGUCCUGGCAUACCUUCCUUACCCCAGAAACACAACCACCUUCUUGCGUUAGUCCCUUCCCGCCUUUAGAAGGUCUAAAAUCGUAGUCGAUCCUCCUCUGAGUAAAAUGAAUGCCUCAGUGGUGUACCGUCAAAAUGUAGUUGUUUGGUAUGGAAUGAUAAAGUUCUCACUAACAGAUUGGCUUGUUUUUUUACCCAGUCAAUGGAAGUUAUUUAUAUAUCGAGACGUCCCUCCCACGAAGACCUCUCCAUUCCGCGCGGUUGGCCAGCCCAACUUUAGCUGCAGUGAACCCUAACUCCACUUGCGAAGUAAGUGUAACGAUCUUUGUGGAAAAAUGACCGCCCUUCGUUUGAAACAGGAUAUAAGAGACUUGAAAAUGGCUUUAUUUAUUUUUGUGUGCCUGUAAACUUUUUGUUAUUAUUUGUGAGUCUGGAUUACUGACUGAGAUGACAAUGGGCUAAAUUAUUUACAAAUUUAUUGUUUGUCAUGUUUUUCAUUUCGCUCUUUUUUCUGCUCAUUUCGUAUUUUACCUUAGGGAGACUAUUGAGACUAUUAAGUGAUUUUUCUUAACAAAUCUCGGAAACUUAAUAAAACAAGAAGCAAAUAACAGUUUAACAUCAUCGAUCUUAUGGGUUAAUAUUUCGCCCGUGUCCUUGCUUAAUGGAACUCUCUCACUGAAGACCUACCGUACAUAUUUGAUAAAACAAAAUUUUUAGCGUUUCCGAUACGGUGUUUAUUCGAAGGCGGCCGUUGUCUUUUAAAAUCACAUUUCUUAAGCCCCAGAAAUAAUAUACUUGAUUACCAAGUUUUUCUUCUCGAAUUAUCUCCGCAUUCUUCUGAUUCGGUGCGACGUUUAUUCGAGAGCAGUUUUUUUUGGUUCCGUCUGCAGCGUUUAAUCGAGUAAAUACAAUGCUUUAAAAUGGGUCUUUCGCCACUAGUGGAGUGUAGUCAUUCACUUGUUUUUCUAUUAUUAUUUCUCAGAUGGAAAUAUAUAUUCACAUGAAAGGCGGUGAUAUCGGAACAAUCAACAUCUACCAAGCGCCAGUUCAAGGUUUUGCAGUGAAGAAGUUUUCUCUUUCGACGCAUCAGGGUUCAGAAUGGUUCAAGAGACAGAUACAGUUUGAUAGUGACAAAGAAUUUCAGGUUUGUAUGAUGACUUGACUGAAGGAAAAGAUACAAUCAAACCCUGUUAAUAAGGACACUAAGGAGGCCAUAGAAAGUGUCCGUAUCAACGGGAUGUUCGUAUACAGUGGAGAAUUCACCGGAACCUUGCUUCCCCUCCCCUAGCCUCACACGCAGGCGUUUUUAGGGGAGCUCGUGUUUCGUCCCUCCCCACAUACUAGCUCCCCUAAAAAGGCCCACGUGGGAGGCUACCCCUCCCCCUCCUCUUUAUGUGCCUGCCACGCAGGCUGGAAAAGAUACCCCAAAACACUGCUCAACCAUCUCUAAGACGGACCCUGCGGGACCGUCCUUGUCUUUCCGUCCUAGAGAGGUGCUCGUCUUAUAGAGCGGUCCUUUAAGGGAGAGUUGACUGUAAGUGUUUGUAUAUUUCCAUAUAGGUGAUUAUUGAAGGUAUUCGUGGUAAUUAUUACCAAGGAGACAUCGCUAUUGACGAUAUAUCGUUUACACCGGGCUGCCGGAGACUGGGUAAGAUAGGCACGCUGCUUUUGUUUCAUGUACUCGCGACUAACAACACCCGAUGAGAGAAACAUCAUUUUUGAACAGGAGAAGAAUACAGCUUUGUUCUUAUACAAGAAACUGGGCAGUUUAAGAGGUAGACAAUCGGAGACUAAGCGGGGAAGGGGAAGGGGAUUAACAGAUGUGCGAAACCGUUGGCACUGAACGUCCUGACCGCCGAACCUGUUCUAGGAGCGGCAAAAUAAAAAGAAGCAUUAAUAGCAAACUACAGCUGUUUAUAUUGACUAGGUGUGAGGCUCAGCUGGCAGCCGUCUUGACCGAACAAGCCUGCUCAAUGAAAGAUUGGUUAUACGGCCAAAAAAAUCUUUUCUUGUGAGACAAAUCGGGCGAUCCCGAGCGGUUAUGACAGACUUAUCCUUCCCGCUCGGGCAGCUAAUGAGGACACAUUAUUCGCCUUAUCGUACCCACCCGCGCAGCCAGUCAUACAAUCAUUCCCGGUCGCAGAUAUUAGAGAAGCUUUCGUGGGCGUCUGCUUAGUACAAAUUUAACUGUAAAUUCCUCUUCAACCAGCGAAGAGGAAAUAUCGUGUACCUGCGCGAAAAUGCCGGAAAGUGAGCAUAUUUAUUUCUGAUUUUGUUUAGCUCCUUCUUAUGUACGUCUGACCGGAGGCUCAUUGUUCAAUAACGGCCGAGUGGAAAUAUAUCAUCAAGGGGCUUGGGGUCCGGUUUGCCGAGAGGGCUGGAGCCAAGAAGAUUCAUCAGUGGCUUGCCGAGAGCUGGGUUUUAAUAAAUCAUUACCUCUUGGAAAUGCAGGUAACAGCAUUGCCACUCCGCUGUCGUUAUUCGUAACUUGUUUUGACCUGUUCAAGUUUGUAGUUCAAUAAAGUUUCAGUUUAUUUCCUGGGGCCUGAUUAUAGUGUUACAGUGCUUUCACUAAGACUGAAGUUUUAACGCUUUUAAAAUAAGCAAAUAAAACUCCGAGUUAACGAAAGAAAAUGGACUGACUGGGGAGCUAUAUCCCGCAUAACCAUUCUUUUUUAGGCCUUUGGGCGAAAAGUUUUAACAAAAAUUUCCCCCAAAGCUGGUAUGCUUGUGCCUUGCGAUCGAACUUUUGAAUAAACAUUUGAUUGAAUUUCUAGUACUAGAAAGCUUAUUGAAUGUAAAAAUCAAUAAUUUAAUUUUGUGACAUAAUCGAGUUAGUAUGGGCACAUCUAGCUUGACUAUACUUCUUUACGUACACUGAUGCUCUUCAUUGGUUUUCUCUAGGUUUACCCCUAAACAAAACAUUUAUAAGUACUGGACUGUACAAUGUUAGCUGUGUUGGAAAUGAGACCUCAAUCAAAAAUUGUCCUUCAGGAGUGUGGUCGAACAAUAUCUCAUGUCCAAGUAAUUCUUCAGCCUUAGUUGGUUGUUCAGGUAGGGAAAAUGUCUGUUUUUUCUUGCGUUGGCGGUGUUUUUCUUGAAAAUAUAAUUAACAAUCCCGCCAUCAAGUAAAAGCCAUUGUAAGCGUAUUUCAUAUUUAAUUUAUUAGUUUACAUAUGGCUUAACGAUGAAGAACUUCUUUUGUGUUAUACAGAAGAAGUCAGAAAAAUCAAAGCCUCUUACCUGUUAUUAUUAUUAUUAUUAUUAUUAUUAUUAUUUGCUUGGAAAUACUUGUAAACGUUAAUGCUUUGACUCUGAAAGUUUUGGUUAGUGUAGAACACGUCAUUUUGUGAUAUUUUUUUCAGUUUUGAAAAACUCCGAAUAAAAACUCAUUUUCAUGUUAAUGGCUUCGCAAUUAGCCUCGCUUUGAAACAGAGGCUUGGGUCAACCCAGAAAUGGCCCAUAAUAGUCACAUUUAAGGCCUUUAUGUAUGAAAGCAUUCGAUUGAAAAGUAUUGUUGUAUGAAAGCAUUCGAUUGAAAAGUAUUGUUUAGCUAUUUUCUGUCACCUGAUGUGAACUGAAUGGACCCGUCUUUAGACAGGGAUGAAUGCGAGGAAAAAGACUACAACUUUAAAAAGAUAGGCUUACUUUUCAUGUCCUCAGAAAACGCCAAAAAAGUGUUAUUUUUUCCCCUCGAUGGAUUCAUUUAAGUCUUGUGUUGUGGGAAUUAUUUUUUCCAGAGAAAUAAAGGGUCUUGCUUAUAAUUUAAACAAACUUAUGACACCGCUUAUAAUCUCAACUCCACCGUGCGUCUGUUUUCAGGAAUCCUUUCCGUGUGUCCUCUUAAAACUCACUUUUAUUGUCCAGCGGACACCAGCAGUAACAAAAAGUGCAUCUCACGGGCGCAGCUCUGUGACUUUACCAAAGACUGCUGGGAUGGCUCAGAUGAACUUAAUUGUGAUAACUACACUCGCUGCGAUUUCAAUGACACAAAUCUCUGUGGCUGGCUCCAGGCCAAGAACGACCAGAUGGACUGGAUACGACAUCGUAAAGGCACUCCUUCUCGUUAUACAGGUAAAAAAAAAAAGAGUAAUAAGGGCUUUUCUCCGUGAAUACCGUCCGUUUUGAACAUGGAUCCAGCUUUUUGGCCCUCCAAAUUAAGCGGAGUUUAACCUGUUAUUAAAUUUAAGCGAGACCAGUAUAAACCAGCUUUUUUCAGAGUCUCGCAGAACUUGUGUAAAAUUUGACUGAGUAUAUAAUAAAGCGACGUAGCUUUCUACUAAGUCGAAAGAAGAUUUGUUUAGGUGCAUUGCAUGUCACUCUUGAUUCUGAGUCCUGCCUUCUCUUUCUUUGGACUCAUAUUAUUUCUUUGAUCCUGAGGUGAUAACCAGCGUAGCAGGCGCUUGGAAGUAGUGGGCCCAAGAAAGAACGGGCGCGCGAGAGGGAGACACGCACUCCCGUUUUUCUUGCGCCCAUUACUUCAAGCGUCUGCUACGCAGGCUAGAGGUGAUUCAUACAAUCGAUUUUGUAUCUGUUGUUAAUAUUUAUAAUAAAUAUUUCAAUCGUUGUUGAUUUUGUAAUCGUAGGUCCUUCUACUGAUCACCUUGGCAGUCCUUAUUCUUACUAUUUGUACAUAGAGGUGUCCGGUCGUCAAGGAGGCGAAAAAGCCAGGAUACUCGCCACUCCACGAUUCCAAGGCAAGUACGGUGAAACCCCUCUCCAUGGACACCUGCUUAAAACGGACACCCUUAUACAGCUGACUCUCUCCUAACGGACACCUCUAUAGGACCGACGUCUCAGCAAAUCGGACACCUAGAGUUACUACAGAUACAGUAGUAAAUUUGAGUUUGAUCAGUUUGACCCUUGAAACAAUACUUGAAUAUAAUUUUAUUCUGGGACUUUGAUGAAUGAUCGUGAGUUUUCUUAAUUAGGGUGACCUUUUUACAGGGAGUAGUAAGAUUCUAAAUAGAUCUGUGGAACGCUCAACGUAACGUGUUCCCACGAUACGCUGGAAUAGAGAAUGACUCAUUAGCCACGACACGUGGCGCUUUAUUUUGUCACAUUGGACCUUGCAGCUCAUAUGUCGCUCACGUUUUGCCCUUCUUGUUUAUUCCCCUCUGUUUUACAGGGGACAACAACGGUCUCUGUAAAGUGCGGUUCUAUUACCAUAUGUACGGACCCGGAAUUGGAACUCUCCGAGUGUUAGCCGCUGACCGGUACUCCUCUCGUACCUUGUGGAGCAAGUCGUUUUCACAAAACGUGAAUUGGACAAGAGCGGAAGUACAACUAGCCAACAUGUCCUCUUCUUUUAUUGUAAGUUUGUACUUGUUUAGCAAAAGCUGUGGAAUCGCAAGGGCGAUAACUUCAGCCUGGUUGUCAUCUUUUUUUGAUUGCCACGGGCACUGAAAAAAAUACAAUACAAUGUAAUACAACAACUUUUAUAUAACAUGAUGAGGAUUAAAGCUGGGUAGCUUGCGGGGUGUUGUAUAAUAUAGAGUAACUAUUUCGUUAAAAGGAAUAUAUGGCUAGACUUGAAAAAAUAAAAAAAAAAUUACACAAAUAUGUGGACCAAACUUAACGCUGGUACAUUGUUUCAACGAUAAAAAGAACAAAACUUUGCAAAUUCCUGCUUUUACUGGGCGCGGUUACAUUUCCCUAGACAGUCAAAGUGGUCUUUUCUUUUCUUCUAGGAACCGGGCCUAAAGGUUUUUUGUUCUUUUAGAAAAAAGAAUCAUGCAUCUGCUAAUGAUUUAAUUUGUUUCAUUUUGAAUGGAAAUGUAUGAAGUGUUUGACUAACAAGACCAGAAUUCAUUUGGUUUUUUUCUCAGUUCAUAUUUAAAUUUGGUAAUCCCAGCGAGGUUUAAAUAAAAAAGGCCCCAAUUUGCACAAGAAAGCAAAACCCUGAAGCAUUUUGCUAGUAGUAGUAAAAUGACGCCAUCUUACAAAUGGUCUAUUGAUGUGAAGACAGAGGAUCAAACGUCUUUGAUAUGGAUCGUUUAUCGUCAGCCACAAGGACCAGAGAUUGUGCUUUUGUCGUGUUAAGGCGUUUGUUAUUUCAUCAGGUGAUGUUUGAAGGCGAGCAUGGCGGAAGGUAUCCAUUUGGUGACAUUGCAAUCGAUGAUGUGUCCUUUUCUCCUGAGUGCAGACCCUCGCGUCAUGGUAGGUUGAUGAGCCAUCCGUCUUUUAUGUCGUAGUCUCCGUAUGUUUAAGAAAUUAAAAGGCCUGUCAAGAUUGCUUUAAAAACUUGAGUAUCUGUUUAAAGUUACUAGAAAACGUUCUUGUAAAAACUUGAGCAAGUAUCCCUUCUCUUUCGUGUGAACAAUUCUUUUCGUUUGCAUUCAUCAUGACCAUUAUCAAGAUGGGGAGGUUAUUGGAACACACCACAAUACUCGGCAGACAAUCGGAACAAAACCGGUAUGUCAGGUCAAAUGUCGACUUAAGCGCUAAAAACUCAUCUCAGGGUAGCCAUGGCAAUGAUAGCUUCCGCCCCUUUUUCCUUGGCCUCCUCCCUUGAUGGCGAAAUUUCAAGCCGCAUUGUUGCGUAACUUCCCUCUAUUCCUUCCCCUUCCCGCUCUUUUAUAACUUCCACCUUGCGCCCUUUCCUCGCCCCCAAGUAUUAAGAAAGGCUUGUUAAUUGAGAAAAACUCGUGGAUACUUUUUUUUAGUAUAUGGUGGCUUGGGUGUGCGAUUUUAAACCCCUGCCCAUUUGCUCCUUUAAAUGACUUCCGACUGUUAAAUAUCUUAUUUUCGAUUUUAGAAAACGUCUCUUGCAAGGCAGGAACUUUACAUUGUGGUAGUGGAGAAUGUGUUCCGUUAUCUCUUCAAUGUGACUUUAACGACGACUGUUUUGACGGAACUGACGAGAUUGACUGCGGUAAGAAGUUGUUACAUCAUUUGUGUGUUAUUUCAACGUUCUCUACAAUUGUACGCGAGCUCAGAUAUUGAAAGAGACGGGAAGAACAUUGAUAAUCUGCUGAAAGACAGCGGGACUCAAAGGUGAAACAUGGCCGUUUUUAUGCUAGAGACGUAAAAGUCGUCUAGACGCUUUAUUGUCUGAGACAUUAAAGUCGUCUGCAGUAAAAACGGGACGCAUAAAAAUAGUCGAAAAAAUUGAAAAAAAAAAAGCCAAAACACUGCCUCUGCUUAGUCGUUUGUGGAAGAAUUGGACAUAAGAAUUGACCCGUUUUUACGGCGUCCCGUUUUUAUACCGGACGCACUAAGCGUCUGAGACGUUGAAGUCGUCCUUUAAGUGCGUCUGAACGACGCCCUUAAAAGAGGGCGUUAAUGUCGUCUUGUUAACUGUUUUUACGCUAACGUCUCUAGCAUAAAAAAGGCCAGUAAAGAGGAAUUUCUCCUUCCCAACAUCUCUUUCCAAUCCUUGCGUAACGAGACUAGUUGUAUUACGAUAAUUCUUGGUGCUCGACAUAGAAACGUGAGACUUUUUAGUUUUGUCCGUGGCUUCAAAACCAAAUUAUUAUCGUUACUGUUAUUUUGUUUUGCAGGGCUCGAUACUCCAGGGCGUUGUGAUUUUGAGGCGGAUCUGUGCCACUGGCAAAAUAUGACUGAUGAUAAAUUUGACUGGCAAAGACACUCUGGAAAUACUCCUUCCGUAGCCACUGGACCUAUGUAUGAUCACACCGUUGGUUUUGGCGGCUUAGGUACGUUUCGUUUCAUACUACGCUUUCUGACGAAUACAUGUCAUCGAGUCCACACUAAUUCGGACAUUUUUGAAACUUUGUUUACCUGGCAUCGUGUGGACAUGGCUUUAAACUACCGUUAAGAACGGUUUAAAAAAGAUAUGGUUUCGGACAGCGGAUUUAGUGGUUUCAGGUGGACGGACGGCCGAUUCGUUUACAAAUAGAUCUGAUGUGGUUUGAUGAACAUCCGAGUUCGUGUGGACAGGCUGUGAGUGUUAGGCCCCUUCCACACCAUUUUUGAAACCGUACAUUUGUUUACCCAGAUUUCGUUUGAAAAAGAGUCUCAAACCACUCUGGAGAUCGGUUUGAAAUAUGCGGUUUUGGUGGACGAAUUCACUGGAUUCAUUUGGACGGAGGCCGGUUCGUUUAAAAAUGUAUGCGAUUUCAAAAGUAUCCGAAUUCGUGUGGUGAAUGGGACCUGAGUGUUCAAACACAUACAGCGGAUUGGUGAAAACGGCAAUGAAUUUUUCUGUUCACUUAAAAAAUAUGUACGGUUUCAGGAAAGGUCAUCACUAGACUUCUUCGUAGCUCAAUGUUUAGAGCAUCCGACUAUUGUCUGGAAAGGUCGUGGGUUCAAUUCCCAUCUAGAACUCCGAAUGUUUUUUGAGUUCUUCUCUCCACACAUAUUCUAUUUAUUAAGAGAGAAAAAAGGCGUUUAUUUGGUCUUAAAGUAACUUUGGUCAGGAUUACUAUUACUACUACUACUUCUACUACUUUAUUUCAUUACAGGACAUUAUUUGUACAUCGAAGCGUCUUCUCCGAGAGUAUAUGGCGAUAAAGCACGGCUUAUCAGUCCUCAAUUUAUGUGGAAGAAUGCAGUUAAUUGUGCUGUAAGUAUCCUCCGCUCGAAAUCUUGAUACGGUGAUUUAUUUGUUUUGUUCGAUUGACUCUUUUUAAAUAGCUUAAUUUUUUUUUUACAUCAAUUGAAUGCCAUAAAUACACUCUUUUUUCUAUAACAAUCUAUUUUAUGAGAAUAUCGAGGCUGAAAUUUGCGAAAUUUUAAGAAUUUUUUAAGAAUAAACCCCAGGCUGAGAUUUUGAAUAGGAUAUAAUUUUGUGUGUUCAAAAACUGUAAAUACAUUACAAUUAUAUGUUUUCAACUUAUUCCAUUCUCUAAACGACAAAACUUGCCACCAAAACGAACAACCUGCACUAACUAUAAUUGAUACCCCAAGAUAUUCUAAAACGGAAAUGUUAUAAGCUAUGAUCUAAGAAUAAUACAAGAAUAUUUUCAGCCUAAAAUCGGUGGAAAAAUUGGAAUAUUCAGCCUGGGCCGGAAACAACAUUCUUAUAUAUAUAUAAAAAGUGUGUAAUUCACCAGUUUUGUUAUUAAACAUUUUAUUUAGGCAUCAAAAACUGUUUCGUUGCAAUGUAUGGCAAGUAUGGACAUCGAUUGAUGAAGCCAUCGUUUUUAUGCUACACCUGGAAAAAUCACCACAAAAUUUAUUAUGGUUUAUAGUGUUCCCAGAUCAAAUUUGUUUGAAAUGUUCUUCGUAACUCUAACUGGUAAAAUAGCCAUAUCCUCGUGACGGAGCCCCUUUUAAGAAUCUGUGCUGGAAAGUCAGCGUACAAGUCACAUCAUCACCGCUAUAUUAGAUGAAACAUUUGUGUGUAAACUUUGCGGUGCUGUGUCGGGUGAUACAAAACUUCAGGGUUCAUUUAAACCCUCUCAUUCGUAGACAAAGUUAUGGCAAAAUUAUUUAUCACUUUUAACUUUAAAAUCUGUAGACAAAAUCCUGUGAUUUUACCAUUCCAAUGAAACUUCUCUGACACCAUUUUUACAUAAUACUAUCUGUUUCUAAGAAUUAUGCAAAAAGAAGUUUGAUUUUGUUUGUGCAUCUUUUACUUUACGAGUUCAAGGGUUAAACUGGAAAUUUCCUUUCUUUUUAGCUCCGGUUUUAUUAUCAUAUGAAAGGAUUCUUGGGUUACCACACAAUAGGAAGACUGCGUGUGCGUCUAAAGAACUCGAUCACGGGUGUCGAGUCUGCUCCUUUGUGGGAACGAUCUGGUCACCAAGGAGACCAAUGGAUCCGAGCUGAUGUUGCCAUAAAUACGUCCUGGCCUGUGACCCAGGUAGGGUCGUUUUUUCUUCGAUAAGUUCAAUUAAUUUUACCCCCAGCUGAGUUGGACUUCGGACCUCAAAGUGAACGGCUCCAACUGCGUGUUCUUCAUUAUUUCCUAAGAGGUUAAGCAGAUUUAUAGCAUCAUCCCGACCCAAAUUUCUCCUCCAUCUCGUUAUCCUCAUCGUUAUUUUCGACGUCCCGUGGAUCUCGCCCCUAUUUUGCCUGGAAAUCCCGAUCCGGGCUUAAAAUAAGGCAAAUCCCGAAUCCCGUAAAACCUGUUGUGGACCUUCAACGUGACGACAGUGACCAAGUGCAGAUCUAAAAGCCGACUUGACCAAACCGAGAGUGAAAAACUGAUCACCGGAAGUCGCGUUCAGUCCUUACCGCUCGCUUAGUAUUUUAAAUCUGCCUAUUUUCAACGCCUAGAUGUAAAAAGUGUAAGAGAAUUGUUGGGGGUAAAUCCUGUAAUGUCCGUAUUAAUUUAUGUUCUUCGAACCUGGACGCUUGCCUUCCUACCCAUGGUUUGCAGUUUUAAGUUCCAAUUUGAUCAAUCCUUUUUCCGCCAGGUUAUUUUUGAAGCCGUGAGAGGACGGACAUACCACGGAGACAUUUCAAUCGAUGACAUUUCUUUCUCGCCAGAGUGCUACGUGUCAGAAGGUGAGAGAAACUGUUUUGUUCUCAUUCUCACUCUGGCGUCAGUGAUUUAGUAGGAUUUGAUACAGCUGUUGAUACUUUCGUGAGCUUUCAUGUAUUUCCUGACAUGCCCUAAAACUUAAAAACUCUCUCUGUCUCAACCGGCCUAUGGUGUUUACAUAUCUCAACUGGUGAGGUAUGGCAAGAUUUUGCACGUCAAAGGUGGACUUUGUUGAUGGACUUUGCCGACUUUCUUCGUGUCUAAAUCAACAAGGCUUUAAAUCCACUCUACUUCUCAAAUCCUUAAACAAGUUCUUCAAGCGCCAUGGGGUUAUCAUCGAUACGUAUCAAACUACACUGCGGGAGAUGAGACUGGCACUCAAUGGCUGAAUGGUGUUGCCAUAUCCUUUGUUAAUUUAAUCGUUUUACUUUCCUUUCAGUCAUUGUAGGUUAUGUGUGCACACGCGCUAUUUAAAUAUGCGCGCGCUUUGUUCACGUAUUUUGAUUGACGUGUACAUUUAGUUCGUUAUUUAAACCUUUUCCCACUCAUACAUUUUGUCAGUAACCGUGCUCACAUUGUGAGUGGCUUCUCCUAAAAUUUUCUACAAUUGGUAUAGGAUUUAAUAGAGCCCAAAUCAUUUGUGGAAUUGCACACAUUUUAGGAAUCCUACUGACGAACAGUUACGACUUUUUAGAUAUUUCGAGCAUUUUGCUGCUGGUUUUCCGUUAAAGUGAAGUUUUGUCGGCUAAACAUUGCGUCUUUGUUGUGGUCUUGUUGAGACUAUAUCUAUCGGACGUUGUCUUGAUCCGAUGUCCAGUUAUUAUCGAAAUGAGCCAGGCCAAAUGACCCGCCUUUUAUCCCCAUGAAAACAAGGGCUUGGGAUAGUGCAUUGACUACGAUUCCCAUCACGCGUGACCCAUGUUAAUGCUUCUCAGCUCAUUACAUAUAGAGGAAGGCACCUUUUAGUAAGGAGGAAGGCAUUUGUUAGUACGCAUAUUAAUAAAGGGAAGGCAAUGAAAAGGCACUUGCUAGGUACUGACUAGGCAUAAAUUUGGAGUAAAAACUACAUAGUGUACUACUUCCCUCCCUGCCAAGUUAAAGUAGAGUCUGAUCCAGCAAAACUGAUCAGUGGCAAUUUAAAAUAAUCUCCUUCCCUCGAAUAAUCACCCCCUUUUUGUGCAAAAAAAUAAUAAUCAACCCCGGCUAUUAUUCGAGGAAACCCGCUACUUCAAUCUUUAAGUCUUACCGAUUUCUUCAUUUUGAAGGUACAGAUGGGAUAUUUGCUUCAAGACUAAAACUGCCCGGAUUAAAUGAGUUUUAUCGAGACCCCUUUUGUAUCUAUGAUUUCCUUUCCCGUUGUUGUCGUCUUCAAAAUUUGAACUUUUUUUCUCCUUUUCGACUCCUUUUAUCGACGCUGAUUGCUAACUGGAUGUUUUCUUACUUAGCUGUCCACAUCUACAAAAACUAUGAUGUUCGCUUGGUAGAUGGCGUAAAGGGCUCUUUUGAGGGACGCGUAGAGGUGUACCGUGUAGGAUCCUGGGGCACUAUUUGUGAUGACGAAUGGGGGCUCAGCGAUGCCAACGUGGUGUGUAAGCAGCUGGGGUACGCAAGCGCAAUAAACGCUCAUCGGAAGUCGUAUUUCGGCGAAGGAACAGGACGAAUCUGGCUGGAUGACUUGGCAUGUAUGGGAAACGAGACCAACAUUGGUCAAUGCUUGCAUAGGGGUUGGGGAAGCCAUGACUGCACGCAUAAACAAGAUGCUGGUGUUGUAUGUGACAAAGGUAAAGCAGACGCUUUCCAACAUUUCAUAAUUGUCAUUAGAGAGCCUAAGCAACCACGACGACAACUACGACGGUAAAGCGGGAAAACAUUUUGUUUUAUGAGUAAACAGCAACUCUGCACGUGCAUUAUGCUUUUUAGGCCAUUGCAUCAGUUUGUUUCUUUUUUUUACUUUUUAGAUGGCGGCAGUGCAACUAGAGCAAUAAGGCUUCUCCGUAACAACUCAAAACUCAUUGGACAAGUCGAAAUAUAUCACAGUGGCUCGUGGGAAGCGAUCUGUUAUGAUACGUGGGAUAUCCAUGACGCAUCUGUGGCAUGUCGACAGCUUGGUUACUCAGGCGCUACCGGAAUCACACGCGAAACUCCCAGGGCCUCUCCUGUAAAUGGCUUGAACAACUUGCGGUGCAAGGGUAACGAAAAUACUUUGGGGGACUGUGUACGAGAUUGGACAUCGGGAAGUUGUGGCUACGGAUUCGCCGGAGUUACCUGUUCUGGUAUGGUUAACUUUUUAUUUUUAACAAGCACAAUCUUUUCUUUUUCUAUUUUUCCUUUUUUUGCCACUUAUACACGCAGCAUUUUUUAUAAAAUACUUCAUGGAAGGUCUGCGCGUACGAUAUUUACGCACGAGUUGUUGAGCGUCAGAAAUCGUGAAAUCCAUUUAUUUUGUACAUUGUUCGUUGAGGAAUUACGCUCGUCCAACAAAAAGACGUAUUUAUGUUAUAGCCCAAGGAACUGCCGAAGGCAACAUUCGUCUGCGUGGUGGUAGCUCUGAGAAUGAAGGACGUGUUGAGGUCUUCCACCAAGGGGAAUGGGGAACAGUUUGUGAUGACAAUUGGAAAGAAGAAAACGCUCGUGUUGUUUGCUAUGAACUUGGUUUCACAAGCGUAAGGAAGGCUCUUCAGAGUUUUGGGCCUGGAAGCGGCCGUGUUUGGAUGGAUCAAGUGAACUGUAAUGGCAGCGAAUCCGCUUUUGUUGAAUGCCCUAACUCUGGGUGGGGUAACACUGCGUGUACCCACCAAGAAGAUGUUGGUGUGAUAUGCUCAGGUAAGUUUUUUGUCAAAUUUGGCGUUAAACUGUAGCAUGAGAUACCGUGUAGCUUGCGAAAUAACCCAAAAGAGAAAUUCGCCGACUUCUCCGAGAUAUUUUAGUAAAAGCCCGGGGGGGGUACUCGCAGAAAAAUUGGGUAGGGGUGUGCGGCCCGCUUCCCAAAACCCUUACCCUAUUUAUGACCAAAAUCUGCGAUUUUCCCUACCCUAUUUAUGACCAAACCAAAAAUUUGAUACCCUAUUUAUGACCUGACCCUUAAAUCAAUACCCUUUUUCAGACCUGCCUUAUAAUUAUUUCCCUAGUUCAGACCAAUGUUAAAGGCAAUGUUUAUCUGCUUUUAUUAGGUUAGGAGGACAUGAUAAGGAAGUAGCUUCUUCUAAAAAAGUGCAUUCAAGACUACAGUGUAAAAAUCGUUACCCUAUUUAUGACCAAAAUGGCGGCAAAAUAGCCAAAAUCGAUACCCAAUUUAUGACCAAAACGGCUGAAAAACCCUACCCUUUGGGGCCGCACAUACCUAUAUAGCCCAUAUUAGGGAGUACCCCCCCCGGGAGUAAAAGAAAAUGACUAUCAUGGGGAAACACCUAUCAUUAUACAAGAUUCAACUGAUUUUCCUCUCAAACUUUAAAGCUAUACUUACUCCGUGUUUAUGUAAUAAUAUUAAUUAACUGUCCCUCCUAGAUUAGCUUUUGACACCUGCGGGCCAGCGUUAUUCUUUAUUUUAAGUUAAAUUCUUGAAAUAAAAUUUUGUUGUUGUUGUUGUUUUUUAAACCAACACUGACUUUUUUGCUUGGAUCAGUCUUACGCAACCGCCUUCCCAGGGUUCCCUCCUACCUGUCUCACUCAGCAGCAUAGUAGAGAACCCUGGGAGCGAGGCUGGACAAUAGACUGCGUUUAGUUUGUUAUUUUGGUGAAGUUUUGUUAUUUUGUGAUUGGCCUUGACAAUAAUGAAAGGCAGCGACCUCGUGAAAAAUAAUCAUAAUCUGACCUGUACAUAAAAACUGGAAAAGUGAAGAGAAGAAAGUAAUUGAAGAGAACAAUAAAACACUUUCUUUUUGCUUUUUAUGGAACGUAUGCUUCUGAAAUGGUUGUAACCGUAUUAUAAACAGCAGUAAAAUCGGCCAUAUUGUGUCGAGAAUUUGUGCAGACUCAGUUUUCGUGAAAAUACGUGACUUCAUUUGAAAAUAGUUUAAACACCAUUAACCAUGUGAAAGUAGUGUUUUGAUGGUUUAGACGUUAGAAUUAAACCUCGUUUUUACUAUUUUGUUAUCAGAUGAGGCCUACAUCGGAUGUUACAAAGAUACGGUCAAUCACGUGAUGACUCAUGAACUGACUGCAGCAAGUAAGUGCUAAGAAUUAACGAACGUGUACUUGAUUUGGUCCGCUUCACUGAACACCCAGCGUGGCCGAGUAAUCAACAUGUCGGACUUUCGGCGAUCCUGGGGUCGCGUCCCAGUAGCAGAGAUUUUUUCUUGCAAAUCCUGAGUUUACUUCCUCGUGCCUGGGAAGAGGGUGAGAGGAUGGAGUGGGGGCGGGGGGGAGGUACAGCUUGGCCGAAUGGUCAGCACGUCGCACUUGCUAUCCACAGGCGGUCCCGGCUUCUAGCCCCUCUCCAACCACAAGCUUGACUUGUUUGUUUUGUCGUCCCAAAUUCAAAUCUACGGCCACGCUUGCAAAUAACCAACUGGUUUUCUCCUGCAACUGGGGUUCCUGUUAUGGGUUCUAUUGGAUUAUUUUCUUCUAUUCAUUUGAGUGGAGUCCCUGCAGGACAGCUGGAAAGAUAAGUGCACUUCCAUUGUAAACGGACCGUUACCUUUACCUACAUAGCCAACCGCCUGCCUCAGGCCAGUUGGUCAGUAUUUUUAACCCUAUUAUUAUUUGUUUGUGAUUAUUUGAGUAUAGAGCAUGUUUCUUUAAGACUUUAAAAUGCUCCAUUAUCAUUUGCUUUAUUUGUAAAACGUAGCACACUGAUAAAUGUGAGAGACAUUUCUUCUCGUUAAUAUUAUUCAACUACUGAAAAUCAAUUCAAUCGCUCUGCAAUGGCUCUUCGACAUCGUUAAGCAACAUGUUCAUUCUACAAAUAUUUCAAAACUACAGCGACAAGUUUUGCAGUGAAUCACACAUGAAGGUAUUUGAGUUGCAGUCCCCUUAACUCUGACGCCAUGGGAUAAGACCCAUAGAUAUCUCCAGUGGUGUACGUAAAUCUUCAAACCAAGGUACAUGAAACCACUGUAGGAGCUGUUUCCGGAAGGCGCGGACAGUCGCCAUUAUAGCUCUCUACAGAGAGAGCUCUCUUUCUGUUUCCUUCAACAUGAAUUGCGUGCCAUUUACGGUAGUCCUUACUUCUUUUAGGUAUGACUCCAGUAAAAUGCAUUCGUCGGUGUCAAAGCAAAGGAUACCCGUACGCGGGUUUGGAAUGGGCCAAUGAAUGCUAUUGCGGGAGUCAUGUGAGUAGCAGGCAACGGUUAUAUUUUUUAGAGUAUAUGGUCCAUGCUCGUCUUGAACACAGAAAUAGAACUCUAGGAUAAUAGAUCCAGCUGUCUCAAUCGAAGAAUUUACUAGACACCCUAUAACACCGUCUUACUUGUUGCUUAAUUCACAAAAGUUCUAUGUUGAAGAGAUAUUUCUCAUUUCCCCUAGUUUGAACGAUGUGAAGAUCUUAAGUGCGUUGCGCACCACUGCCACAACCACCACCACCACCCACCAUCAUUAUAAAGACUUUCUUAACGCGCCAAAAGCCUAACUUACAUGGAGUGUAAACUAAAUGUGGACACCUAACUUACUAACUGCUUAAAAAAAUCAAACAAACAAAUAAACAAACUUGGAAACCUAGCCCGCGCCAUUAAUUAUUCUAAGAGUUACACUUGCCAGUUCCUGGGAGGUUCUCAAUGUCCACUUUUCUCACCUGGUUCUUAAAAGAAGCAAGUGUUACAGAACUCGUAAUGCGCAUACUUAAGUUUGGAGAAUAUUACAGGACCAAGAUAUCUAAUACUGUAUUUCGCAUACGUGGUAGUAUUUAUUCUUGGAAUCAUAAAAUUGUCUGAAUUUCUCAGUUUGUAACUUCGGUUGCUUAGAUUAAAAAUAUCGGAUAUAUGACUAGGGCAUAAAUUAUACUUGACUUUGUACACUAUUGUUGCUAUCUCCUGCAGCCUUCCGUUUAGUAGGGCAGGGCUAUUGGAUAACAGAUAAUAUUCUUACGUUAAGCAUCUUACGAUUGUUCCGCAAGGCAAUAAUGUACCGAACGUAGCUUGAAGGAGACGACUGGAUUACACUUUCAACAAUCGUUUGCUUUUUUUUUAGUAUGACCGAUACGGUAACGCAACAUCCUGCACUCUUUCAUGCUUUGGAGAUGCUUCUAAAAUUUGCGGAGGUCCUUGGGCGCUAUCUGUCUACGACACAAGUGGGUAGCUUCGUUGUCUUACUUCUGCCGUUCAUUUCAUUAUUUUCACCGUGCAAGGGCAGGGCAACACAGUAACGUCUACGGUUACUAAUCGCUGCUGGUGGCGUAGCCCAAGACCUUGUUUACACUAGUCUUCCACGCAGGCGUUUUAGGGAGCUUCUAUCUCGUCCCUCCCCACAAACGCCUGCUCAACUGGGGAGGGAAGAAAUGCGAGCUCGCCUGGAAACACCUGCGUGGAAGGCUGCGUUUACACGAGUCCGGACAAAUUUUUGAACCGACGAAAUUUUUGCCUGCGCAACCCCUUCACACGGAAUCGUUCAAAUUCUGUUACAGAUUUUUGUACUGUUUACACGAGUAUAUACUUUUCCGCGGGUCCCGUGUAAACGAAAGCAAGAUCCGCGCAAAAAUUUGUGCGGCCUCGUGUAAACGGGGACUGACAAAACAGCUCACAUUUCUCGACGCCACUUUUGGUUUCUCCGUUUGAGAAACGAGCACAGAUAUUCCAUACUGAUGACGUGUCACUACCAAAAUCUGAAACUCUCUUCUUUUAAAUAUACUUCAUUCCAGGUCUGUUUCAUUGUUUAAGAAGAAUCUCAAAACUUUUCGAAACACUUUGUUAAGAGUAAUUCUUUAGUUUAUUAGUUUCACAGACUUUUUAGUUUAUUAGGUUUUCAUUCAGAUUUUAUCAGGCUUAGUUGUAAGCAUAUUCUUGAUUUCGUAGUUUAUAUUCUUUUUAGUAUAGUCUUAGAUUAAGCAUGUUUCUAGCGUAUUAUUUAUCAUUCUUAGUAUUUAGCAUAUUAGUUUCACUGAAUUUAGUCUUAAAAAAUUAUUCGAACAAUUAUUAUUAUUAUUAUUAUUAUUAUUAUUAUUAUUAUUAUUAUUAUUAUCUGGGUUUGCUUGUGAUUGGUCGUACCUCGAGGAAAAUUUCCUUCAACCAAUCAGAAGCACAACCUAGAUCUGGGUAGUGACAAUUCAUUAGUAUGGAAAUUUCUGUGGUCGUUCCACAGACGUCAGUGGUGGCGUGUCAAAUUAUAGGGUGUUUUCUCAGGUUCCUGGCAAAAGGGACCCUUUUAAUAUAUAUAAAGCAAUUUAAGUUUAAGCGGAAGUGAACUCGGUUACUGGAGAAUGGCUAAGGAGUUCCGUGUCUUUGUCUGAGCUUUGGGGAAGAGAAAUGAGUAGUUAAAGAUUUCAUUGUGUAUUUUUUGGCGUAAUUAUUUGAAACGAGCUGGACAAGUCAAACCAAAGAGAAUUUAAAGUAAGUAUCAAGGUUAUCCCGGGUGGAAGCCAGGAGCUACAUGAUGAUUCUGGUUGUUAAAUGCAUACGAUCUUUACACUAGCACUAAAUGAAUAUCUCGUAUCGUUUAUCAGUCCUUGAUGAUAUUGCCUUAUAUUCUCUUUUAGAUCCAGCGAUUAUACCAACUGGGGUUCCAGGACACCCAGCUGUAACCCAAAGUAAAUGUGGCCUCUUUUUUAUAUUGUUUUAACAACCCAUUGGUUUUAGAAACUCCCGGUUCCCGAUCCUCUUUCUAUCAUUUCAACUUGUACAACCACCAGGCCCUUAGUUUAGUUUUAGGUUUUUCUUACGCUUUGCAAUGUCAACAGGAGCAAAACUAAAAACCAUGAACAAAUAUCGUACGUACGGUGAAAGGUAAAAGGGGAACACUUAAUUUUCUCCUAGCGUUAAACAAAAACUAUCAUUAUAAAUAUUCUUAUUAUUUUUCUAUUUACUUGUUUUUCUCUAUUUUAAGGCUGCACUACACGUUUUAGCCAUAGGAGUUUCAACUUUCUGAGUACACUGACUGACUAUUAUUACGGCGGAGAUCACCGAUCUGGCUGGAUAUCAACGCCAAAUUUUCCUUCCAAUUAUCAGGAUAACACGGACUGUAUCUGGGUGUUAAAACUCCUGCCAAAUACUCAAGUCAGAAUUAAGUUCGAGAGGUUCUUGACAGGUGGGUUUUGUCCAUCGGCAACGGUAACGAGAACGUCAAAACAGCAAUAGGUCUAGGCCCUGUUUACAAGGGGGGAGUGUAACCCUGGUGCUAGGGUUACUCUUGCACCAGGGUUUCCCUAGCACUCGCACAUUUCUUCCUUUUUACACGACGUGUUUACAAGCAGGUAGGGUUACCUCAUCGCUAGGGUAACCCUACCUUAGUGCUAGCUAGGGUUACGCUACCUGCCUUGUAAACGCUCUGCUUGGGAUAACUUGCCUAACUUACCUACCCGGGACAACUUUCCUUCGUCAUGUGUGACCAGUAAUCUUGACAAUUUGAACGGAGUUAUCCAAUUUCUGAGCUAAAUUAUAAACAUCUGAACAGUAUCAGGUAUUUUCUGUACUAGAUGACAAUGUUUUUCCCGUUUUUUUUUUUCGUAAAUUUAACGUGGUUCCAUAGACAACUUCAAGUUUUAUAUCAAAUCUUGGACGUUUCAAAGAAUGACAAACAUGACGAAACACGUCAGCAAAGCUGGUAAAGUUGACACGAGUGAUAGGGUAACCCUACCUGUGAAAUUUGCUUGUAAAUCAGAGCUAUCUUUAAUCCGCUUGCUAGGGUAACCCUAGCACAAGAGUAACCCUCUUGUUAACAGGCCCUUAGAUAAGCAAAACAACAAUUUUGCACGUACAUCACGCUUUCUGUAUAUUUCUUUUUCUUCGUUGCACAACUACGACGUGUAGCUGCCUAAUUUCACGUUUUGUGGAGGACGUUAGCACACGGCAACGACUCUGUUUUUCUUUUCCUGAACCUCGAGUCCGUCCUUUAGAAUUCAACUCUAGAAAAGUUCGCCCACAUUCGACGAACUGAACGAGAUGGAACAAGCGCGAUUAAGUUUGUAACAGCGCGUAUCGUUUUCGUUUACGUUGUUGCUUGAGCUUUAUGAGCAAAACGACAGCGUUGCACGUGUAUUGCGGCACUUACUGCAUGAAUACGACAUGAAACCUCCUGAUGCGAUGUUUUAUGAAGGACGUUAACAAGCGGUACGAAUGUUCUUUUCUCUUUUUGAACUUGGCUGCAGUCCUUAAGAAUUCAUCUCCAGGAAAAUUCGUCUACAUUUGGCAAAUUGAGCGAGGUUAAAUAAACACGAUAGAGUUUGAAAUUAUCCAUAUUAAUUUUUUUAGUAACGUUUUUACUGUCGUCGUCAUUGUGGUUAAUUUAGCUCCCCAAUAACUUACUCGUCACCAACUAUCGACUGAUCCGCAGAGCCAGCUGUUUAAAGCUGAAAACGACCUAUUUGGGUUAUUUGGGUUAUAAUUAGACAAUGUUCAGAGCGCUAUUUUCACUGGGAAUUCUUUUGCAAAUGCUUUUUAAAAAUGUUUUCUAAAAAUACAUCUGAUCCCCGCUGUUCAAAAGGUGGCAAACUAAUUUAUCCGACAUUUACCUUUGUGGUAUUAUGACGGAUGAGCUGCCUUAUGGCUGAGUUAUAAAUUUUCAUGCAAUUAGCUGUUUUCUAUGCGGUUUGGUCGGCUAGGCUUUCCGACAACGUUGAUUCCAAAAUCUGUAUUGUGUAUUAACGAACUUUUAAUCUACAUGAACAUGUAUGUUUGCAAAUGUUACCAAAAUUAUAAAUGUUGUUUAGUUAACAGUCUUCGUUGUGUUUACUUUUUUGUUAGAACCCUAUUAUGACUUCGUGGAAAUUCGAGAUGGCGAGAAAUACUAUUCGCAGUACCUUACGCCCCUUCCUAGAGGAUUUAAUGGAAAUCUGAGUCUCAGUACAAGUGUAACGGCGUCAUCUAAUGUUAUGUGGAUCAAAUUUCAUUCAGACACGUCGGUCAAUCGACAAGGGUUCAACUUGACCUAUGAAGCAGUAGGUAAGAACUUUUCCCGUUUUUCUUCACUUGAAGAAAUUCACUAAGCUAAGAAAGAACUAUUUUGAUUCAUAUGUUUCCGUUCGUUUGACCGACCCCUCCAGCAGGCUAUUUUUUUUUGAAAGAACAGAUUUUUUUUCAGUGUAAUCAGGCGUAGAAAGAAAAAGUAGAGAAGGAGACCCAAGGUCAACUACUAAGCUUUUGGUCUUGGAUAACUUAAUGGGAUGGAAACGAGUAAUGCAAGACACAAGAAGGGCCUUUCUUUCUAACGGAAAUCCCUACACUGUUAUAUACCUGAAGCCUGAAAAAGGUCCCCCGGAGUAUCCCCGGCGGCAUUAAAGAUAUGUCUGGAAGGGUCGAAAAUGCCUGCAGUGCAGGUCCAUUUCCAAAGAGCAAUGCAAACUCUGGGACAACGAUGUCGAGUGGUUUGUUCGCCAGUUUGAGAUGUACUUUAUUUGGAAAAUUUGGUUGGUAUAAUUCACGAGCGGUAAUGAACUGGGAACCGCCAGGGACUGUCUGACUUUCAUUUCCACACAUCCCAAAAAAUUGCAAGCAUGACUAGUACGCACUGAUCUCACCCAACACUUUGAGCUCUUAAGAUUUUUAGCUCACCCCAAGCGGUAACUUACAAGCUGUAGAAUGAUCAAACUGAAACAUUUGUAGGCGUCGGCCGCCUACAGUUUUAUGGGCUGGGUACGCCCUUGACAGCAGAGUGCUUUUCCACGUGCGUUAAAUAAAGCAUCUAACCUGAGUCUAUCCGAGGGCGAUAGGUUAACAUAGAACGAUCGAGGCGGGCAUUGUUGUGAUUUGAAAUUUCAGCUUGGCGAGUAUGCACAAGCCAAGAGUUCAGUUCCCCCAUAUUGCAGGCUUGUUUUGUAUAAUAGUAUUGGCGUUCAAUCCGCCUUGUCUUGUUACUAGGUGCUUCAACUGAAAAACCGCCUGUCACUGCAAGUACGUCUAUUCCGCCUUCAGAGCUGCCAAAAGUCCAAUUUAUAGAAGGAGGUAGGCUUGAUUACUUAAUAGAUUUCCUUUUUACAAGCUUUGAGAUUCGGACGUCCGGCUCUGACCGCUAGCUAUUUUUUUUUUUUGGCUGUAAAGCCGCGAGGAGAAUGGGAAUGAAUCAAUUUGAGAAUUUCCCUUCGUCCUGAACUUGAGGCACUCACGGUCUCCCACGAGGCACGCAAACAUUUCUGUUGUUCGCUUGCCUAUUUUCGUGUUUUUGGUAAGAAUAUAGUGAUGUGAAGUGAUUUCUGUGCCUUUCCACAGACAGUCUGACUUUUUAUACCGGUUCUUCAAUAAACAGCUUCUAGGGGGUAGUAAAACUAAACACUCUAAAAAGACCAGUUUCCUACAGGGAUUGCCGCCCACUACGGAGAGAGUUCAAUGCAAUUUACUUUGAACGACUUAAUUAUCUCCAGUGGCUGGUCUUCUUAUUCGAAAAACGUGCUGUUUAUUUAUUGCCUAGGCACCGUUUUCAAUUUUCCCUUUUUAGUCGAGCUUGUUGUGGUAGAGAGAGUCUCUAAAAAUGCAGGCGUUUUUUUGUCGUCGGUCUUCCCCAAAUGGUCCGCCAUUUGAUACUGAUCGUUCUUAGGGGUAUGUAAAAAUGAAUGCUCCGUUAUUAUUUGGGCGUGGCCCAAAUAGAGUAUUCGAAACGGCUUGUCUUGACGCAAAAGUGCAAUAGGCUCGCAAUACGUGCUAACGUAUACAAGCAAGUUAACUAGCGAAGCGACGCGAAUGUCUGCCAUGCGAACGUCAUUCAACACUACAUAUUCUCCUUUAUCGUUUUCGUAAAGUAAACCAAAAUCCCUAAAAAGUGUCUUCGGUAGGCCCACACUAAAAUAACACUGAGUGUUUUCAUAGUGGGCUGGUCCGCGAACUCAAAGAAAAACAAAGGAAAUUGUCAAGACAUUCAAAGACCAUGGACCUCAUAGACGCAAUGACAAAUCGGAAUGUCAGGGGUGUACGUGUAAAAUCGAUAAGAGUUUAAACAGAAGAAUGUGUAUCAAGUUUGAGAGUCGCAAGGUUGGUGUGGCUGGUAAUCGGUGUGACAAUAGUGAUUUUCGAUUUUCACAAUGCGGAACACAAGGAGUUGCCUGUGAUAAAAAUAUUUUCCGAUGAAGGAAGAGAAGAUUGUCAACAAUUGAAACCAAAAGGGACUCAGGCUUCUUUGGGAACCACUGUGAUAGCGGUAACAAUUCUUCUUAUUCUUUCAAUUCGCUUAGCAGAUUGACUGUUAAUGUACUUGUUUUUAUAUUGUGCGUUGUUUUUCAUGUAAUUGUGUAUAUUGUGACGCGGUACAUGUACGAUGCUUUUGCAUUAUCAGCGAGUUUUGUGUUAAUAGUGUUUUGGUGUCAGUGAGGUGACGACAAGUAAAGGUAAUUAGUCAAUUGUAUGAAAGGAAAAUUCUUUUGUGGAGGAAAUAAAAGAAGUUGAAUUGAGAUCUCGUCGUGGGAAAUUUAUUUAUAACAGAACUUACGAUCCAGUUGGUUUAAAUAAGUCAUUUCUCUCGACGCGGUCCUGCACCUAGCAGACUACCGAUGAAGAAGUUAAAAUCGUUGUUAAUGAAAACACGGAAAGUGAGGCUUUUUGUAUGGAAGGGAAUUCUGAAAAAUACACCAUUGUCGUCUAAAAUUUAUUGUUACGUUGAAAAUAGGAAUGGUUUAUGCUUAAACCGGUACAGAAGUAACUGUCAAGUCAAAAAUUGCUUCGAAAACAAGGAAAGGUUUAUCUGUCGUCUAAGUAUUAAAGAAGAGGCUUUUUAGGUGGGGUGAGGUAUCAAAAUAGGUUUUCAAGUAAGUAUUCGUCCCUCCCGAUCUGUAAAUGCAACUAUCCAUUUUAUAGUGCUCACAAGAGUUUGAUUCAUCGGAUUAAUUUGGCCAAUUUAAGCUUUCAACUGAUAUCGAGAAGAAUCCAGGACCUUCAGUUUAUGUAGAUGCUACAAAAACGAUUUAAAAUAGGAUUUUAAGUAAGUAUUUGUCCCUCUGUAAAUGCAACUAUCCAUUUUAUAGUGCUCACAAGAGUUUGAUUCAUCGGAUUAAUUUGGCCAAUUUAAGCUUUCAACUGAUAUCGAAAAGAAUCCAGGACCUUCAGUUUAUGUAGAUGCUACAAAAACGAUUUAAAAUAGGAUUUUAAGUAAGUAUUUGUCCCUCUGUACAUGCAACUAUCCAUUUUAUAGUGCUUACAAGAGUUUGAUUCACCGGGCUAGUUUUGGCCAAUUUAAGGUGACUCGACCCAGUUAUUUUGUGGGGCUACCAUCCUACUUUGAAGCUCUCUGGUAUCCUCACCUUUACUUUGAUCCCAAGUCUAACAUAUAGCUUGGACAACAUAUAGAUCAAUCUACAAUAUAGCAUAAAAUUCUUCGCGAUCGGAGUAAAUGUCACGUGGUUAUAGUGCCACGCCUCUUUGGGAUCUGAGUCGAAAUUCUGCUGUUGCCAGCAUUUUUUUCGUGAAAAUAUCACGGCUACAUAUGGUGCGCAUUAGUGCCUUGCGUUAAACAGAUUUUCACCAAAAUCGCAAAGACCCAUUGCGAGAAAUUCAGCGGUUUCCAAAUUUAGGUUAUAAUUAUUUGAAAAUAAUAAGCAAAUUUUACACGAUUAUAUCUAAUAAACUAUGAGAUUUCUCCAUUUAUUUUGAGGAUCUUUAUAACAGAUGGGUCCUUGCAAGUCAGCAAGAUGUGAUAAUUCAUUUGAGUGUUGUGAGAUGGAACCUCUUAAAAAGAAACAUUUAGUUACAAGGAGAAAAGAAAACAGGCAGAUCGGGGUAUAGAUUUUUGCAUUGAACAUUAUAAAAAUAAAAUAAGAAAUGGUCCCUGUUAUAUAUGUUGUGUUUGUAAUUGAUUGCUUCAUGAGAGAUCAGUUCACAUUUUUGGCAAAAGUAAGUAUUCGUGUCAAAAUAUUUUCAGUGUGCAGUCUUCAUUUGAUGGAAAACAGUUUGUUUGUAAAACAUGUCACUUCAUAAGUACAGACAUUUUCUCUCAACACCUCAGUGCCACUAUUAACAGAGUUUGACUCUAUUAGCAACAUCCAAUAAAGACGUAGAAACCCAGCAACUACCUCACAAACUACACCCAUUAUCUUAGCAAUCAACUUCCAAUAUAACUUCACGCCUAAUAUACAAUAGCACUGCACUACCCACAUAUCCCUGAUACACAUAACAAACUUCACAUACGCUUAGUACAACCACGCCCAAAUAAACGCCCCCACAGCGUCUUGUUUUAAUUUGCAUUCGUGAGGAUUGGCCGGUUCUGGGACUAUUGUAAUUUCUGUCUAAGAUUAAGCACAAAACUACCACAUUACCAUAAUAAAGAUGAAAUGUUUUGAAUUUAUGCGAAUUUGUGACAUUUUAAUUGAAUGUUUACAUAGUAAAAGACAGACUCGUGUUUGCAUUUUCCCACAUUGUGACUUUCAACGUUUAAUACUAUAAACGAUUAAAAAAUAUUCAUUACUAGUAGAACUCAUACGAAUAGACAGAAAUAGCGAAGAAAUUAAUCUGGCCAAACUCAAUUCGAGAAUUGUUGUAGAAGUUUUAACUCUGCCUGUGGCCGCCGAACCAACCUUACGUGCUACAGUGAACGUGCAUUUAGCAGUCACUACACAACAUGACUACCUUGAAGAACGAUUUUGUUUUGCAAGCACGUGGAUUUUUAUGGACACUCGGUUCGUUUCACUUGUCGCGAUGUUUCGUUACAUACGUUUCCACAGGUAACGCACGGCAAACAUAUUGGCAAUAGGAAACAAACGUUUUGAAAAAACAAGGUACACUGAGUCAUACAAACUAUUAUUAUAAAUAAUUUAAAUUUUCUCUUUGAAAAAUAAUUGUCCUCGUAGCACACGACGUUAAACGUUUAUGCUUCAGACCACAUGUACCCGUCAUUAUCCUUUUCCUCGUACAGACUUUUCAUUGCCAGUAAGCUCAUGUCCUCCCAGAGGACUAUUUUUUCUCUCUUGCAAUGAUGUAAUUUCGCUCGAUUUUCUUUUUUUAUACACGACUCAAUCAUCGUCGAAUACGUUAUAAAAAGUAACUAUCCUGAAGAAUACUUGACCGUCGGUAAAUAAGGAAGUGAAAAACUUUUAGAUAGGAAAUCCUGUUUCGUGUAGAAUAAAUCACCCCCGUUCUUCUUAUCUAUCUCCAAGCAAGAGAGACUUACUGCUUAGAGAGCGCUCUUAUUGAUUGUAAUAUUGACAAAUUUGUCCAAAUAUUGUAUGCAAAGAAACUGUAAAAAUUGAUUAACAGAACUGUGAGUGAAUUGUUUUGUAUUGACGUUUAGUUAACUGACAUGUUACAAGUCACGCUGAAUUCUUUCUAUAUGUAUUGUAUUUUUGUUUAUUUCGUUUCAUUUCUUUCUCUUCAAAGGCUGCAACGGUAUAACGCAUACAGAAAACACAACCUUCGGCUAUCUUGACUGGUACCACAACACUGGUUUUGUUAAAAGUCCUGACUACCCAUCAAACUACCCCCACAACCAGCUCUGUAGAUGGUCUAUUCAAGUAGCUCCCGGCUUCAGGAUUCUCGCCACAGUAAAACAAGCUGACCUUGCGCAUGCGGCACAGUCAGGUGGACUGGGCGACACCUUGCAUUUGGAUGAUGGGAUUUCUGCGAAGAAAUCCAUUGAACACUCGGCUCCUUGGGAAUUUUUGUCUAACGCGAGUUUGGUGCGAAUCAUUUUCAUUACUGAUUCUGCAAACGCUGGAAAAGGGUUUUAUAUUCACUACGAGAGAGGUAUGUAUGAUAUGCCACUGCACUAUGAUUACGGAACCGAUAUAUACCCUGCGAAUAGUGCCGGCUGUCCUCGCUCCCCACAGCUAGGGACGUUUCGCGUGAAGGGCGUUUGCUCCCUUAGCGACAGAAAUUCUAUACACCAUAUUCACAAAUGGCGGACACGCGGGAAAAAACUGGUGCCUAGUCAUGAAAGCGAGGCGUUGGAGGAUAAACAAAAAUUGCAAAUGAAGACUUUCAGUGAACUUGAAGAGUGUUUAGCACGGAUUCCACCUAAAAUAACUUUUUACGGACUUCUUUUUAAAUACAAUUUACGUGGGAUGUCUUCUGCUUUUAAUGUUUAGUAGCUAUUUGCUGUUUGCAAUCAAAAGGGACGCGUAUAUCUUCAGGAAACAGGAUGAUUUUGUAGGUUUCCGAAGCAUCAGAAGCUCGAAGAGUAGGCGAUCGCUGGAGAAAAGCGGCAAACAUGUUGGCCCAAACUUCACACUGAAACCGAAUACGAAAGCCAGAACACUACAAUUCUGUAUUGGAUCAAAUUAAUUCCGUCGCUUUGGAGGGAAUUGUUAGAGGUACGUUGGCAGAGCUUAGCAAAAAUCUCCAUGAUUUCUUUGUCAUUGCAAAGUAAUUAAAAACAAGACGCUACGGAGGUAGCGUACACUUCGGCGUCGUGGUUGUGGAACUAAAGCCUGGUUUCCAUAUGAUCGUCCGGAUCGUCCCGAUCGUCCCAGUCGUCUCAAAAAAUGUUCAGACGAUCGGGACGAUCAUAUGGAAACGCUACCCAGACGAUCGCAGACGACCCGGACGACUGAGACGACCUCGAUCGCUUGGAUAGAGUUGAGCUCUAUCCGGACGAUCGGGACGAUCAUGUAAAUUUUGAAGCGAUCAUAUGGAAACGCUCUCAGACGACUAACACAAGGAAGUUUAACGCCAAAGGAACAUAGCCUUUACAGAGCUUUAAAACACAGCAUCCGCCAACACAAACUUGACUUGAACUUUGAGUAAAACUAAACAGCCUCUACCAAUAACAACAAACUCUCACUUGAACUUCAGAUAUCUUACGGCUUCCGCCAACUUGUAAACACAGGACCUGAAAAUCGACCUUCGUCACACUUGACUAAACACAGCAUUCCAGCUCGUGGGAAAAAACUUAGUUCGUCAAAAGAACUCGCUUGGAACUGGUAUACCAUUUGACAUAAGGUUCUAGAAAAUACUACACAGGCGAAUAGUAGUAGCUUUGCGACAUAUUUUAUGAUUUCAGUAACUGAUGCAAAUCUGCUGACUCAUGCUGAAAUGUAAACAUGCCCUAAUUAAUUAUUCAUGGCUAAUCCAAAAACGUAGAUAACGUUCGAGAAAGUCACACAACGCAUGAAAGCAAUUUUACUACGUAAUACUCAACAAAGACAAAAUGUCUUUGUGCAGCAUUUUGUAACUUUAAAUUCAUCAUAAAACUGUUCGAAAGGAGGGCUCACUCGUGAAAUGUUUUUCAACACUCGAGAAAGAAAUUUCGUGUCUCUGCGCGGCCACGAAAUAUCCUCUAUUUAUUCCUCGAGUAAUUAAAGACUAAACUCGAAGUGAUCUCAAGAUAUCACGAAGUAGUCCGAUCUCAUUUCGUGAAAUAGUUGAAACAAGCCGAAAAGUCACGAACUUGCACGCCCAAUCUUGUCCCGAAACUAGUGCAUCAUUUCAUAACUAUUUUUCACAUCCCAAACUACCUUGGGUCGCAGUAGCGCAAUCGGCUAAUCCCUCAACUUAGAGUCUCCUCUGAUCUGACGGGUCACACAGGUGAGUCGGUUCAAACCCCGGGAAAGCCAAAAUAGUAAUUCUUUCUUCCUCGAAAAAAAUAAAGAAUAAAUUAAUGCAAUCGAAGUGAUCUCGAGAUAUCUCGAACUAAUUCGGCUCUCACUUCGUCAAAUUUGAGAAUGGAGCCGAAAACCUACAGACUUUGCUUGCCCAAUCUUGUCAAAACAUUGCAACUUUGAUACAUUCCUGAGCGUCGCGAAUCCUUUACUUCGCGCUCCGCCGAAGUAAUAAUUUUAUCAAAAUUAGAAGCUGUAGUGUGUGAAUAUUAUGGCUUGCUAUUUGCCUGGUUUCUUUUAGGGCAUUAUGGCAGAGAGCUCGUGGUAAAAAAGUGGUAUAAAGCUUACAUUUUACUAGGUUAAAAUUUUAAGGCAAUGUUUUUGUCAGGACUGAACACGGCAAGCUUCUGUGUCGAAUAAUUGAAUUCGAGUCUGGAUCAGUUUAAGAAGACCAUCAUUUUAUUUAUUUAUGUAUUCUUCAACUGUAAAAUAUUAUGGAACAUAAAGUUAAAACUCUUAACAGCCAAAGGUAAGAAAUACGAAAUUACUCGCUGAAAUGAUAUGUGGCCGGCUUACCGAGUCUGCCGAGUAGCAAGUUGAAAUUUUGAGCGUACUCCUCUCGGUCGCUCCUGCACAUUAAAAAUAAAUUACCGAAAAACCGCUUGAAAAAAAGGUCAACCCCGCUGUUUUAUUGAUGUCCUUCAUUGGUAAAGACCAGAGAAUAACGUCCUGGCGAACAAAAACCAAACAUAACUUCAUCGAAACCUCAGUCACCUCUUCUUUCCUGUCUUCCUUUUUUCCAUCUCGACUUGAACUGUUUUGUUCAACGGCAGACGUCUCUUGCGUUAACAGUUGCAAGUAGGCCAUACAUCUGUCGCUUAUUUUUUUUGUUCUUGCCACCAAGAUUUGUUUAUAUUUCUGUUUCACCGAAUUGCAGUGAGCUGGCUUUCGUACUCGGUUUCAAUGUGAAGUUUGGGUCAACAUGGCUUUUCUCCAGCCAUCGUCCACUUGUCGAGCUUCUGAUGCUUCGGAAACCUUAAAAAUCAUUCUGUUUCCUUGAAGAUCUACGCGUCCCUUUUGAUUGCAAACAGCAAAUUGCUACUAAACAUUAAAAGCAGAAGACAUCCCACGUAAUUGUAUUUAAAAAGAAGUCCGUAGAAAGUUAUUUUCGGUGGAAUCCGUGCUAAACACUCUGCAAGUUCACUGAAAGUCUUCAUUUGCAAUUUUUGUUUAUCCUCCAACGCCUCGCUUUCAUGACUAGGCACCAGUUUUUUCCCGCCUGUCCGCCAUUUGUGAAUACGGUGUAUACAUUGUUUUAGCUAGUGUUUACGAAUCACAGACUAAAGACAAAAGGCCACGUAGGUCCAAUGUAAAUGUUAUUAAUCUUCUACAAAAACGUGGAAUACAUGUAUAUUCUUCUUUAGAAGAAGCAUUUGAGUUUUGCUGUAGCUUUUUCGCAGAAGAGCACAACACAAAACUUUAAUAUAAUCGAUAGGAUAAAUAUAUAAUGGAAUAAAUAAUUUGAAAAAUCCAAGACUACCGGUUUAAUUAUGUAAAUACUGAUUUACGUCAUCAGUAUGAAAUUUCUGUCGCUGAGUCGCAGACGUGUUCCCUCAAAACGUCUCUAUCGGCGAGGAGCGAGUAGAGUUGGCUGUAUUCAUAGGCUAACCGAUAUACCACUGCAAUUACCUUUUAAAUAGGCAACCCUGCCAUGAGCCCCAAAUACCAAAACUUCCUCCGGCAUGCUAACAGAUCCCCCGGCACCAGUCACACUGAAUCCGUAAGGCUUACUGGAAAAUUCUAGUGUAAAGAACAAACCAAAGGGUAAAAGCCCCCGCUAGGGCCGGAGGGUGGGGAGGAAGACGCACAAAGCAGUAAAAGACGUCCUCUAACACAACAACGUUGCAGUAACAAAAUGGUGCAACCCUAAAGCAGGGCAAUGGCGUACUCACUGUACUCAAACUGUACUCAAACUGUACUCAAACUGUACUCACUGACUCAAGCUUCACCUAUACGCGGUCAGCACAACUGGAAAAGGCUGCAGGAAUGCAAAUACAAACAUUUCUCUGGGAACGCUGCUGAACGCCAGUUAAUUGAGUCACAUGACAUUAAAACAUUUUAUUAUAUUUUCAGUUAUAUUUUUCCUUGGUUUGACAGACGGUUUAUUUUAUUUGUUUUAUUAUUUUAUUUAUUCACCCAGUUUAUGUAAAAACGUAGGUUAUGUUGCGUUUGCUCCACGUCGAUUAACUUGACUUUUGCGGAUUCUAAUCUUACGUUUUGGUGGCAAACGCGCUUCCGCUUUUUAUAUAUUUCUUCGUCGAUUUUCCUUCGCCUACUGAAGCUUUCUUAUUUGUUUUUUCUUCGUUUUUGUUCAGCGUUCUUGUUGAUCCCCUAGCUGUGAGUAAUAUCGAUAAUUUUUGUUCGCCUAUUCUUUAGAACUGCGCCCUCGACAGCCUUUCGGUCUCGUCUUUAGGAAAGAAUGGAUUAAGUUCUAUCUGACCUCCAGGGGCUGCGUUACUUUCUAGUUUCGCGUUCGUUAUUUGCUGGCAUAAGAGAUAAUACGCGUGGGCUUUAAGGGAUAAGAUUAUUCCAGCACGUUCGAUCCAUUCUUCAGGUCAAAGCUCCAGGAAUUAUGUUAGGAUGCAUGCGCAAUUAUAUUUUAUUAAAGAAAUCGACAGUUAAGAAUGUCCCACUGUUCAUAACCUUCAUCGUCGUUGCUCAGACUGUAAUUUAUCCACGCUGAGUUUGUUAGCACAAUGAUAAUAUUUAUUUAUGACCCAUAAGGCGCAACUUCGCACAAGGCCAUAUAGAAGAUGUUGAGGGUCUUCUAUUUGAAAUGACCUAUAACCCAGUAGUUUUCGUCUCUCUAACUUUUGGUGGUUGUAAUAUGAGUCAUAUCGUCUAUCCCAUAUGACAGUGUGGCUAUUUGGCUGAACAAAGGGGACUGGGCAUUUUUUCCUCGCGUCAACAAAAUAAUUCCCGACUGUGUUCAAGUACCACUUUGAUAUUAAACAGUGAUGUAUUUGUUUGAGGCACUAUCCUACUUGGUCUCUUUUUGUUAACAUCUCUAUUUAUCUUCAGUUAAUAUAACUGAGGAAGGAUCUUCCACAACAAGCCUUCCGAUAACUGCGCCCAUUGCUUCCACAGGUAAUAGUAUCCAUUAUUACUUGCACGAUGCAUGUUAUUGCAGUAUGUUACUUCCUUGGUGGAUGUUAAUGCAGUAUGUUACUUGCUUGGUGGAUGUUAAUGCAGUAUGAUACUUGCGUGGUGGAUGUUAAUGUAAUAUGUUACUUGCACGGUGGAUGUUAAUGCAGUGUUACUUGCAUGAUGCAUGUUAUUGCAGUAUGUUACUUGCAUGGUGGAUGUUAAUGCAGUAUGUUACUUGCAUGGUGGAUGUUAUUGCAGUAUGUUACUUGCAAUUGCAUGAUGCAUGCUGUUGUAGUAUGUCACUUGUAUGGUGGAUGUUAUUGCAGUGUGUUACUUGCAUGAUGCAUGUUAAUGCAGUAUGUUACUUGCAUAAUGCAUGUUCUGGCGUUAUGUUACUUUCAUGUUGGAUUUUAAUGCAGUAUGUUACUUGCAUGAUGCGUGCCAUUGUAGUAUGUUACUUGCAUGGUGGAUGUUAUUGCAGUAUGUUACUUGCAUGAUGCAUGUUAAUGCAGUAUGUUACUUGCUUGGUGGAUGUUAAUGGAGUAUGACACUUGCUUGGUGGAUGUUAAUGCAAUAUGUUACUGGCAUGGAUGUUAAUGCAGUGUUACUUGCAGGACGCUCGUUAUUGCAGUAUGUUACUUGCAUGGUGGAUGUUAUUGCAGCAUGUUACUUGCAUGAUGCAUGCUAUUGUAGUAUGUCACUUGCUUGGUGGAUGUUAUUGCAGUAUGUUACUUGCAUGGUGCAUGUUAUUGCAGUAUGUUACUCGCAUGAUGCAUGUUAAUGCAGUAUGUUACUUGCAUAGUAGAUGUUAAUGCAGUAUGUUACUUGCUUGGUGGAUGUUAAUGCAGUAUGAUACUUUCUUGGUGGAUGUUAAUGCAAUAUGUUACUUGCAUGGUGGAUGUUAAUGCAGUGUUACUUGCAUGAUGCAUGUUAUUGCAGUAUGUUACUUGCAUGGUGGAUGUUAAUGCAGCUUGUUACUUGCAUGAUGCAUGCUAUUGUAGUAUGUCACUUGCUUGGUGGAUGUUAUUGCAGUAUCUUACUCGCAUGGUAGAUGUUAAUGCAGUAUGUUACUUGCUUGGUGGAUGUUAAUGCAGUUUGAUACUUGCUUGGUGGAUGUUAAUGCAAUAUGUUACUUGCAUGGUGGAUGUUAAUGCAGUGUUACUUGCAUGAUGCAUGUUAUUGCAGUAUGUUACUUGCAUGGUGGAUGUUAAUGCAGUAUGUUACUUGCUUGGUGGAUGUUAAUGCAGUAUCAUACUUGCUUGGUGGAUGUUAAUGCAAUAUGUUACUUGCAUGAUGCAUGUUAUUGCAUUAUGUUACUUUCAUGGUUGAUGUUAAUGCAGUAUGUUAUUUGCUUGAUGCAUGUUAUUGCAGUAUGUCACUUACAUGGUGGAUGUUAAUGCAGUAUGUUACUUGCAUGGUGGAUGUUAAUGCAGUGUGUUACUUCCAUGAUGCAUGUUAUAGUAGUAUGUAAUUUGGCGGAAACUGGUACUUGCAUAAUGCAUGUUACCACAGUUCUUUUUGCACGAUGUGCAUUAUGGCGGAAAUGCUACUUGCAUGAUGCAUCUUGCGACGUUGCACACUGCUUGCACAGUGCAUGAUAUACUGGUGCAGUUCACCACUGUAUAUGGUAUAUGUGGGAGCAGUACAUGCUUCUUGCAUGAGGCGUAUUAUAGAGGAAAUGCUACUUGCAUGUUGCUUGUUAUGACAAAGCCUGUUACUUGUAUGAUGCAUGUUGUGACGACGCAUGUUGCUUACACAGUUUAUACUCUAUUUUUUUUUUCACUUGCAUGGUACAUGUUGUAGCGGUGCAUUUAAUUUUACUUGCAUGGGGCACUCAAGUGCACAGCUCUUCUUACAGUUUAAGGUGUGUCGCUUGAUUAACGGGCUCAACGUCAUUGAACUGGCCACGAAAUGAUUUACGUGAUGCGUUACUAAUUUAAAAUUUGAUAAUAAGAGUAAUAAAAACAAUAAUGAUAAUAAUACUUUGCUUAGGCGCUAUGUUGCCCUGAUAACAUCAUAAGUAUAUUUUUUCUUAUGUGGUGUCGUAACUUAAAAAUUUAACAACCACGUACUGAAUAAAAUCCACUUCGUUGACAAAACUGACCUUUGCUCUAAUUUACGCUUAGCUCAAUUAACGCCAGCUCUAACAGGUGCAGUGUCUGUAGCAAGUUUGGCAAUACGAGCUACGAAUUCGAAGUCUAUCCGAGGUAUGUCUGAUUAGGAUACGAUUUUGCCAGCAACAAAAUAUUUUCGAAUAGGUGACUGUUUAAAGUUCUAUACAUAUAACAACUGAUCACUAUAUUUACUCGUGUAACUGGCUUCCUCUGCUUACUAUGGUAUGGAUAGAACCUCAUAACUAGCGGUAUCCAUAUUAUUUACGGAUAGUUGAAGUAAAACAAACGCUACCAAGUGCAGUGACUGUACCGACGAGUUCGCCAGUCCUCCUUAAAACGACUUUCUCAAUUCGAGAUGUAAAUGAUUAAACUGUUGUCUAGCUUGCAAGGUCUUCCAAUACCGAACAUAAUUAAGAACGGCAAAUUUUCAGCCAACGAAUUACACUAGUCCUUUCAUUGCAUGGUAACUGGGUUUCUCUUUGUUCGACUAACCUAACUCUAAUCUAACUCCAACACUGUCGUUAUCUAAAGAAUAUAGUUAAAUACUAACAGAUCUUUUUGCGCUUAGUUCAAUUAACCCAGACUACAGCAAGUCCAACGGCUCUGGAAACUUCGGCAAUCCAGGCUACAAGCUCUUCCAUCGGAGGUACUAUUUUGUCUGAUUAAACAACGCCAUUUUUUCCGAACAACGCGUCGGAUAUAAUUCUCAACUACUUAUUCAAACAAUGCUGCUCUAGUAGCUAUUUUAACCUUUUCGAGGGUGGUGAAAAUAAAUACUUCAUGGAGUUGUGAGUUCAGAAAAAUAAUAAUAAUAAAAAAUAGUAUUUAAAUAAAAUGGAGUACAUCGAAACUAAAUUGAUUGAUUUAAACGGAAAUUAAACCACAAUUGUUGUAUUCUCGGUUUGUAACCACGCGCUCUUUAAUUAGCGUCAUCGUGCGGCAUGUAUCCACGAAAGAGACGUUUCUUUAGAAUCGAAAUAUGUAGAGCUUUGAAACAACUCAGUGGAAGUAUGUUUUGCUAUAAUCUUAUCUCUUGUUUACAAGACCAACAGCAUUAUCAAAGACCUUUUUCACGUCAUCGACACCGCUAUGACUUCAUCUUAAAUCGCACACUGCUAACAGUGAACUGAACGAUGUAGUAAAUGAUGCACUGUAGAGUAACUUCUACUCAAAAUAGAGCUGGCACCCGCACUCUAUGUAUCCGCCAUUGUGGUGUAAGCAAGCACCGUCAAUUAGCAUGAUUAACUGUAAGUAAUUGAAUAGCAAUUUUUCUGAUAUUGGGUGGCCUGUGCUACGUACACAGGGCAGUUAGAUGAGUCGUUACCACUUAAGUGUGUUGAGAGGAGCAAAUUCAACAUAACCUUGAUUUUCACCGUAUUUAUUUUAUUUGCCAUAUGUUUAAGUUGUCUUUUAUAAUUAUAACUAUGAUGACUAUAACACGACAUUUUCUUAAACGUGCCAGUUACUGAAUAUACCCUGCUACUAGAGUAGUUUCUUUGUGCUGCAGAAGUCACAAUUAAUGACAGAACACAAAAGACUGGGAAAAACAAAAACAAAACAAAAAUACACAGAGAGACACUAGACAAUAGCCACACAACAACUCAACAGAUAACCGUGCGAACACUAGAUCUGCAAUGCUGGAUUUGGAAAACGGAAACAGACGAAACACGGAAGUGACACAACGACCUUUCUAGUUCUUAGUCGCUUAUUACGAUUAUUUAAUAAUUGGGCCUAAAUGUUACGCUCAGCGCCCGUAGCCAGUAAACAGGCUUCCCUGUGGGUAUAGUUAGAAAGCCACAAGGCGCUUGUUUACAAACACACACCCGUUCUUUUCAUUUGGGAUUCUACUCCAUCGAAAACUUUCCUAAGGCUAGCUAUAAAAAGAACCGUCUUUGUUAUCAUUCACUGCGUUUGGGUGCAGACACAAAGUAAUAUCAGUGUUUUCUUUUAUCAUAUCAUUAAUUGUUGUUUUCUAUUUGUUCCAUUAGUUUCUUCUAGUAAAGAAGUAACCAAACCUGGUAGGUGCCAAGAAAAUUGGAUGCUAUUUUUUCGCUUUACAGCGAUUUGAUAUGCAUGUUUAGCCAAUGCUGGUCAGUGGAUACCUUUUUUGAUAGCUGUCACUGGACCAUAACAUGGAUGUCCGAUAAAGACAGAUAGUGUAAAACUUCUCGGAUGGAUAGAUUACCAAAUUUUCUUAGAAAUGGGGCUCCGCGCGCGCGUGGUGCUCCGCUAUUAGCAAUAAGGGAAAAUAAAUCAGAGGAAUUUUGCAUGACCCGAAAUAAUGAUACUACUGUUUGCUCACAGGCUGUCAUUUUUUAUUUUUCAGCUGUAGAAAACACCAAUGCACCAAGUAAGUCAUUUUAAAAUAUACCUUGCUUUUAUCGCUUCCGUUGUCUUUUUUUUAUACCGAGACAAAUGCACUAUAUCCAUUUCCCUGGCGUUCAACCACGAUACUUCCUUAGUGUACUGUGCUAAAUAAUGCAUGCGCAUCCGAGGUUAGUGAGUGGUGCUAUAUUCUGCCUGGGAUGACUAAAAAUCACAUAAAUCCACAAAUCCAGCACCACCCAAUCCUUGACUACAGGUUGGUAAAUGACCGCAAGAACAGACCACAGAGAGCUUUUGUUGGAUAAAACAUAUGAUGUGUCAACAGCUACAGAGGUGAGGGCGACGUUUGAUCAUCACUGUUGUUUGGUGAUUUGAUUUUUUCAUUUUUAUUUGAUUCAUUAGACAAAGGGGACAAAGGAAAGCAGGAAGGAAUGGGUGGCGGUACUGUUGCCCUGAUCGUGAUUCCCAUAAUACUUGUCAUCAUUGCGGUUAUUUUUUUCCUGAUUUUCUAUGUCAAGAAAAAGAAGAGGGGUACUCCAGGAGGUAGGAAUAUAACACGUUGUGCUAACUGUUAGUUGGAGGAUUUCUUAUUUUCAGCAACCUUUUCAUGCAACGAAAUACAAAAAUUAAUGCAUAACCACUGUUUGGUAUUUCCGGAUUGUAGCAUGGCUAGUGCCGCAAUGUAAUGCUAGUCAAUCGUUUACUCAAUAAGGACCUAGACGGAAAGAGUGUGGAAAGAACGGAGGGAAAUCCAGAAAAGUUAGAACUCAACGCUUUAGUUCAGAUUGAGGACAAUGAGUCAUUUAAAAUUUAAUAGUGUAAAUCUUGUUUUCUGGAAAAGUUGAGUGGAGCACUUAAUUUUACCAUUGGUAGCCAGGUGGUUAUUAUUUGUCUGAAAAGAUCGAGUUAUAUUUUUCAUCAUCUGCUAGCCUAAUGAAGUUUCAUUUUGUUUUCUUUGUGUUGUUUAGUUCGUCAUUUCUUUGUAAACGAGGCCUAUGACAACUUAGAUUCAAUGGCCAUGGGAAACACAAAUAGAGGUUCCUCCGAGUAUGCAGAACCGGUAACGCCCAAUGGUACCCACCCCUCAUCCCAGACAGCUCCUAGGCAGGAUCCUGCCAUCUACUUCACAGGUAAACAUUCAAAAAAAGAAAAAAAAUUAAACGAUCGAGUAUUACGAGCUUAGGCCCGAGAAAAUUGUUCAGUCCCUGAUGGGGUUCAAACUGUAGCGUCUUCCAACCGCGUGGGGUGAUUUUCACGCGCGCUCGCGUUUAGCUGGCUGUACUAUCCCUGAGGACAAAUGGGGGACUACUCGUAGUCUAUAGAAGGAUAAGCAGCAGUGAAAUGAAAGAGGUUCGCGUGGGUUUCAAGGUCUGUCUUCCCAGCCCCUUCUAAUUCCCUUUCACGACCCCCUUCUUGUCCGACGCGUGCAUACACGCCUUUUUUUAAAUUUUUGGUAAGAGAAGUAAAACACCAGAAAGCACGGAUAAAAUUCCGAGCUCCAGGUGAGACAAAUUAAUGACCCUCAUACUUCAUUUUUUUUUUCACAGCGGCUCCACCUCCUUACAGCCAAGGGCCGUCGGAGGAUAUUCUUCUCGUACCUUUCCCCGCUACCACCGGAGAUAGAAUGAUCCCCGUGGGAAUUGACAACGCAGCAUAUGCGGGGCUGUAUGCAGCUCCCCCUGCUUACGAAGCUACGGUUCGCACACCAGCAAACGGGACCACUACCACGGGGAUUGGAUCGGUGACAAGUCUACGAGAAGCGGCCAGGGAUGAUGGGUAAGAAAUUGAUUGUACAUUACGCUCGUACGCUUAAAAACUUAAAAAGUGUCGAAAGCACCGGUCUUGAUAAGAUCCCUGCUAAGGUCUUUAAAAUUGCAUCAAGUGUAAUUGCACCAUCUUGAACUUCAUAUUUAAUUUUUCUCUCUCCUCUGGGAUUUUUGUGGAUGAGUGGAAAAAUGCACGUGUGUGCCCGGUCUACAAAGAUAAUGAUCAUCGUGAUUUAGUAAAUUAUAGACCCAUUUCAAUGUUGUCAGUAAAUUAGUAAAGUUUUCGAAGAAGAAAUUUUUAACCAACUAUAUCGUUAUCUAAAGGACAAUUCUAUUCUUUCUGAAUUUCAGUCAGGAGUUCGCCCUCUUCACUCGACCGUCUCGGCUUUAAUUUAAAUGUGCGACAACUGGAUUUAAAAUAUGAACAACAGAAAAUUGAUAGGAGUAGUUUUUCUUGAUAUUCGAAAGGCCUUAAUGCUUUGAUUCAAUUGAUCAUUCGAUUUUAAUGGAAAAAGUUGAGUUUUAUGGAGUCUCUGAUAGAGAACUGAUGUGGUUUAGGCCCUAUCUUAGGCCGCCUGACAACAACAAUGUUUUGUACAUGGACAUUUAUCUCCUCAAAGAAACGCACUAUGUGGAGUCCUUCAAGGGUCUAUUCUUGGUUCCCUGGUAUUCCUCAUUUUCAUAAAUGACUUACUAAAUUGUUUAGAAUUUACUACCCCUUGUUUAUAUGCCGACGAUACACCAAUCUUUGACUCUAGUACUGACGCAAAUGUUCUUGCUAAUAAUAUCAAUUCUGAUUUAGAAAACCUUUGUGAUUGGCUCACAGUUAAUAGGCUUCAUUUACACCCUUUAAAAACUUAAUGCUCAUCGGGUCAACAUAUAGAGCUGUUUUCACUUGACUGUCGAAAGGGAUUGGUUUUGGUUUUGGUUUUGGUUUUACUACGCCCCUUGGUUGGCUGGUGUAUUUACUUUGGUUUUGGUUUUACGACAGUCAAGUGAAAACCGCUCUAACUUAAGUAAUAAAUCUAAAGAUUUGCCUGAUGCUAUAUCCAUUGACAAUAAUAUUGUUUCGUAUGUAACCUCUAAUAAAUAUUUGGGAGUAUUAAUAGAUGAAAAGCUUACUUUUGAGACCCACGUUGAGUACAUAUGUGAAAAAGGCGUGCCCCGGUAUAGCAGCUCUAAGAAGAAUGUUAAACCUUUUGUCCAGCUUUGCACACUUGUACCCUUAUACAAUUCACUUGUAAAACCGUACUUUGAUCACUGUUCCCCUUAUGGGAUAUUUGUGGAAAGCAACUGAAAGAUAAAGUGCAAAAAAUUCAAAACCGUGCGGGUAGGGUCAUUACCGGUGCUUCAUAUGACAUUAGAUUGGUAGAUGUGCUUGAUAAUUUAAAAUGGAAAAACCUCGAAACCAGGCGCUCACAAAUAAAGACUAUCCCAACGUACAAAAUCCUUAGUCAAUGAUUAAUCUGCCCCCCAUUUGAGAGCCUCUCUUCAAGACUAAACGAUACUAACAUUAACUGUAAUCUUAAUCUGAUCCAGCACUUCCAAGGCCAAAGACUAAUUUCCUCAAACGUAGUUUUAAGUAUAGUGGUACAAUAGUCUGGAAUAAUCUUUCUUAUGAGGCAAAGACAGCCCAAUCACUUUCCAAAUUUUAAAGCCUCUUUGCCUUCAGCUGGAUCGCUCUGAUUCAUUAAUUUGUAUUUUUCUAUAUUUUAAACUUAUGCUAAUUACCCUUCAAUACUCCCACCAACAUCAUUGUAUUGUAAAACUAGCUAUAUUGUAUACAAUGUACAUUUUAUGUAAUUAAUUUUUCUCAGAAGUUGUGUUACUUGUGUUUACUAUUUGUUUGCAAUGCGUGUUUGCCUUCGCCCCACCUGGAAAUCAGCUUUUGUUGUGUUUGGUUAGCGUAGUGAAAUAAAUGUGUUGAUUUUGACCUUCCUGAGUCUGGAACUAUCGGAACCAAUUGACAUACUUAUUUUAGAAUUUUGCAUCUCUUUUUUAUGCUGUAUGAAUAAAUCACAGAAAGGGGAAAAUUUCUCGACCUUUUCACGGCCUUAAAUUCCUUCAAUUAACCUUUUGGGCUUUUUUACAGACCGAAAUGAGAGACUUGCCAACCAUUUUAUUUACUUCAACUAGUAAAAUCCCUCCCCUUUCAUAUACCUGAAUCCAGAAAAAUGUACCCCUUUCGGGUGGAGCCUCCUCGUAUAGGCCAUGAUAGGGAGUAACCCCGCCCCCACCCCCCCGCCGGGGAAACGCCCUCUAAAUGCCAGUGAAUAAGUCGUAAUCACAACCAAUUUAAAAAUCUCAUAUUUGAAAGAAACAACUGUUGUUACUCUGUCUUCUCAUCCUGGCGUGGUAUCCUCAUGUAUAUCCACUGUCUUAUUCGUCGGAUAUCGAAGGUUACCGGUAAAAAGUUUGCACCAACGUUAGACGACCUUUUUACACCCACUGCUUUGCCAACAUUUUGUUGGAUGGGUUUCCCGGCUUUGAACGCUUCGAUGUUGACACAAAAACUACAAGUGGUCCCGAGCGAUACCGAGUUUCAAGUACAUUCUAUUUGACUUUAUCAUGAUUAUACUCUUUUCAUUCUGCCAUUCUAGGACUACACCACCAGCAAGAACCGUUCAACCAGGUAAAGUAACGAUGGUGUAUGAAGAGAACACUUUAAGUAUCCCAUCCUAAAUUCUACUGUAACAGUCUUAAAUACUUACUUAAAUACUUCAAUUCAAUUCUUUAUUCACACUAUUUAAGAUAUUUACAUAAGUUUACGUAGGUAGGAAAGUAAAGUAGCUGACAAAUAAUAAUUAACUAAAAGACAUUAAGUUCAUUUGUGUACGGUGUCCAAAGUAGCAAGAGCUUUCUUGUUGGACACCGUCAUGUUGAAAUAAUUGGCAGCAGUACAGAGAGGAAUAAAAUCUCAAAUAAUAUCAGUGAUAGAAGAUAUAAGCAAGGUCAGAUUUGGUUGGUUAGAAGACAGGACUUCCAUUUUUCUUAAACUUAUGAUAUGGCAGACACUUGAGACCAGGCGGUACAGUCUCCCAGAUUUUACUUACUUAUCUAUGUUUUUUCUUCCCCCUUGUUAUUUUUUUCUGAAGAAAGGAAAACCGUAAACUGGAGAGGGUGGGCAAGUUUGCCAUUCACUUCCCGAAGAACGCAAAGAAAAAGAAUAUUGUAUCUACCUUCACCCAAUUUGUGAUGUUGUGUUUAUUGAAUCGAUAUUUUUUUAUGUGCGUCGGUUUCCCAAAUCUGCUUGUAAUUUCCUUCAGUCCCAGAGUGAAUAGUGUAGUUGUGUAAGGUAGUUCUAACUUUUGAGGUAGAAGAAGAGGCCGAAAUUUGCAAAUUGUUCCGAAGUUUGACUUUGCCACUUUGGGAAUGUAAGAGCCAAGCAAGUGUACUUAAACUUCUCGCCUUACAUCAAGCAACUGAAAUUGACUUGUUAUAUCCAACUGCAAUGAAUAAGGAUCCAUUUGUCCUGAAAAAAAUUGAAAGCUAUGCCGUAAUAUUUUUCUCUUGUGUUUAUGGUUUUGUUCGUCCUUUUUUCUCAGCCGGCUUGUAUAGUGUACCUUUGUCCAGAACAGUUCUUCCUCCCAUCCGGGGUACGCACGGGACGGCCGAUCAAGAAAAGAAACAAUAUCCUCAGGAAGAGGAGGCUGGUAAGCCCAUUUUUUUCUUUUUCAAGCUUUUUAUCUGUACCUUUCAUGUUUCAUCUCUCCUUUCAUAUAUUUACUCGUAGGGUUUUUGUCAAAACUGUCCACUUCCUGAACAUGCUCAGUUACUGUCACCAUUUCCUUUUUUAGCACCCUGGUUUGUCAGAUGUUUCAAAUCAAACCAAACUAGCCUUCAGCAAUUAAACAGUGUAAUCUACUACAUGCUCCUACGGGGAAAUUUUUUAGAUUGAAGUUCUCUGAGAUGCAAUCUAGUGCAUUCUGGACGCUAAAAUUUAGCAAAUGCCUGGUUUUCAUAUUUAACAUGUAAUGCUGAAAUAUUUAAUAAACCACAGGUGUGAUUGUGGUCAAAGAAGUAAUUAACACGUUAUGAUGCUAGCAGGAGCCGAAGCGAUUGCGGCGAGAGCACAACCUCCCGGCAAAGGCGGGAGCAUUUUCUCCCUGAAAAAUUGUCAAAUCCAGUUUGUUUGAGGCGGAUAUUUACCAGCAUGCAUUGUGGGAGCUUUGGUCGUUUUGCGACUAAAAAUGUAGGCUUGGAGCACAGAUUCUUUUCUUAUUAACAAUGUUUAUUAAAGAUAAUAUAUUUAAGUGACAAAGGUCGAAGUACCAUCCGACACACGUUUACAAAAGAAAAAAACUUCUCGGACAAAAGGGGGGGGGGGGCACCCUUGGCCCACCCCUAAAUCUGCCCUUGUUAUGAACUUUAUUAUUGUAUUUAUUCAUUGAUGUUUUUUUAUACAAUUCUUUUCGCGAAGAUGACACCUCAUAUACAUUCUGUAAUCAGUGUAGUUACAGCUGAAGGCCUAUCAAAAUAAAGUUGAUGGAAUGAAUACCGUUGUAUUUAUAGGAAUUAAAAUUCCUUUGAAGGAGGUUCUUAAGGGAACCUAAUUAAAAACCUACUUUGCGUGAAUUGGCAAUAACUACCUCAAAAUACAAGAACCUUUUUUGCCAGACUUCCAAAAAAAAGGUAGGUUCUUACACGCGGGUUUUUACCGUGUCAUUUUUCAGAAUCUUCCGAUAAUUUGGGCCAACUUUCUUAUCCUCAGGACGAUUGAAAGUUUAAGUUUUCCACUGUGUUUUCGUUGGCGAAAAGACGAUGAAUUAAAAAGCGCACCUAAAUCGAUGUCCCUUUAAGCCGCACAUACCUAUAUCAUCAAAGUUUCCUCUUUUGUACGCUUUUGUUUCUCUCUUCCCAGGCCCCCUUCCUGACAAGUCCCCGCUGACCGUGGAUACUCCGGUCGAGCCUUCAGCCCCGCCCAGACCCCUGUCAGCUGCUUCUCAGGUUCGUGUGGUUUCACCUGUUUCUGAACCAGAGCAAGAGUUUAACACCGAGGUGCCAUUCGAAUUCCUUUGUCCAAUCACACACAAGAUUAUGAAUGACCCCGUCACCGCUGCAGAUGGUUACAACUAUGAGCGAAAAGCCAUACGUCGCUUGUUCCGCAGAAAGCGAACUAGUCCGAUGACAAACGUGGAGUUAUCGGAUUUGACAGUUCAGGCUAACGAUGCGCUAAGAAAUCGUAUUGAAACUUUUGUAAGAGAGCAUUCAGAGGUGUGA